AUGGCCUGGGCAGCGGGGACCCGCGGUGCUCUCGGUGAGCUCUCGGCGCGCACGCUGCUAUUCGACCUGCCGCCGGUACUGCUAGGCGAGCUUUGCACAGUCCUGGACAGUUGCGACGGCGCGCUGGGCUGGCGCGGCCUCGCGGAGCGGCUUUCAAACAACUGGCUGGAUGUUCGUCACAUUGAAAAGUAUGUAGAACAAGGAAAAAGUGGAACGAGAGAAUUACUUUGGUCCUGGGCACAGAAAAACAAGACCAUCGGUGACCUUUUACAGGUUCUCCGGGAGAUGGGACACCAUCGAGCUAUCCAUUUAAUCGCAAAACAUGGAGUGGCCUUGAAUCCUGCUGAGCAGAUUCCCCAAGAGGCUGUACUCCCAAAUAUGCCAUGGAAGGAAACAGUAAAUGUCACAGUGGAUAAUGUCCUUACCUCUGAACAUAACGAAAAAGGAGUAUUGCUAAAAUCCUCCAUCAGCUUUCAGAACAUCAUAGACGGAACCAAAAAUUUCCACAGAAACUUCCUAAUUGGAGAAGGGGAGAUGUUUGAGGUAUACAAAGUGGAGAUUCAAAAUCGAGCAUAUGCCAUUAAACUAUUUAAACAGGAGAAAAAAUUGCAAUGUACGAAACAGUGGAAGAGGUUUUUAUCUGAGCUUGAAGUUUUACUACUGUUUCAUCAUCCAAACAUACUGGAGUUGGCUGCAUAUUUUACAGAGACUGAGAAAUUCUGUCUGGUUUAUCCAUAUAUGGAAAAUGGAUCACUUUUUGACAGAUUACAAUGUGUAGGUCAAACAGCCCCUCUCUCUUGGCACGUUCGAAUCGGUAUAUUAAUUGGAACAUCCAAAGCCAUUCAAUACCUGCACAGCACUGAACCGUGCUCAGUCAUCUGUGGCAGUAUCUCAAGUGCGAACAUUCUUUUGGAUGAUCAGUUUCAACCCAAAAUAACUGAUUUUGCCAUGGCACACUUCCGACCCCACCUAGAAUAUCAGCAUUCUACCAUAAACAUGACCAGCAGCAGUAGUAAACAUCUGUGGUACAUGCCAGAAGAGUAUAUCAGACAGGGAAAACUUUCCAUUGCAACAGACAUCUACAGCUUUGGAAUUGUAAUAAUGGAAGUUCUGACAGGUAGUAAAGUGGUGUUAGAUGAUCCAAAACAUAUUCAACUGAGGGAUCUCCUUAUGGAACUAUUGGAGAAGAGAGGCCUCGAUUCAUGUCUUCCAUUUUUAGAUAAGAAAGUAAAUCCCUGCCCUCGGAAUUUCUCUGCCAAGCUAUUCUCUUUGGCUGGCCAGUGUUCUGCAACACGGGCCAAGUUAAGGCCACUGAUAGAUGAAGUUGUAAAUACGCUUGAAAGUGCUCAAGCCAGUUUAUAUUUUGCGGAUGAUCCUCCUGCAUCACUGAAUUCCUUCCGGUGUCCUUCUCCCCUCUUCCUGGAUAACAUACCAAGCAUUCCAGUGGAAGAUGAUGAAAACCGGACCAUUCAUUCACUGCCUCAGCAUAAGGACUUGAGAAAAGAUAGAGUGACUCAGAACUUUCCUUUUGAAUGCAGCCAGUCUGAAGUUACAUUUUUGAGCUUUGACAAAAAGUCGGGGAGUAACAGAAAUGAGGAUGCUUGCUGCAUACCCAGUUCUUCUUGUGAAGAACGUGGGUCCCCAAAGCAUGAAAAGCCAUCCCAGGACCUAGAGGCCUGUGAUGUAAAUAUGGUCACUUCCAAGUCUAUAGGCGAUGCUCAUGGAAGCAAGCUAGUGGAGACAACAUGUUCCUCUGAAUUUUCCUGGAAUUAAUGUGAACAGUAGAAAAAGAAAUUGCUCUCAUCAAAAGAUAAAGAAAAAAGCAAGUAA